AUGUAUUCAAAUCGUCGAUUGUUAUAUGAUGAUUCACAGGAUGUUGGUGAGCCAUUAAAUGAAACGGCCUACAAUACUGGUUUAGUUGUACGUGGCAAACAUUUUAUACUUGUUGACCAUCCUGACAAUAGUGCAUUGCAACAUCGUCCUGACUCACAACAAUUGUAUA